AUGCAAAGGGCCUUUGUGUGUCUCCUGGAGCAGACGCAGCCCUACAGACCCGGCCUCAUCCUCAGCGCCUCGUAUGUGGAGAUAUACAAUGAGCAGGUGAGAGACCUGCUGAGCCCAGGGCCACCCAGGCCCCUGCCCGUGCGAUGGAGUAAAACCAGGGGCUUCUACAUUGAGAACCUGCUCAUGGUGGAGUUUGGGAGCCUGGAGGCCAUCAUGGACCUGCUGCAGGAAGGCACCCGAAGGCGGCGGAGCGCCGCGCAUGCACUGAAUGGGCACUCGAGCCGCAGCCAUGCCCUGCUGACCAUCCGCAUCCACCGCAAGGCUAUGAGCCCAGACCCCAGCUCCCGCCAGCAAGGCAUGCUCUGCUUCGUGGACCUGGCUGGCAGCGAGAGGGUGAAGGACACCGGCUCGGCUGGGGAGCGCUUAGUGGAGGCCAGCAACAUCAACCGCAGUCUCCUGGCUCUGGGGCACUGCAUCUCUCUGCUGGUGGACCCCAGACGGAGGUGGAGUCACAUCCCGUACAGGGACAGCAAGCUCACCCGGCUGCUGGCCGAGUCCCUGGGCGGAUCCGGGAUCACGCUCAUGGUCGCCUGCAUCUCGCCCUCCUUGCACUGCCUCCCGGAGACACUGCGCACACUGCGCUUCGCCGGCAGGGCCAAGAAGGUCACCACCAAGCCUGUGGCACAGAGGAUUUCCCGGGAGAAGCUGCUGCGAAGUUUGGAGCAAGAAAUCCAGGCCCUGCGGGAGGAAAACCUCUCCCUGCGCCAGCAGCUGCAGCUGCCCAGGAUACUGGGCGGGAGCACAGCCACCCACACAGCCCCCACACAGCUGCCUGAGUGCCAGGAAGAGAGCCAUGCCCCUGGGCAGAGAGGGGCCCCGAGGAGAGCACCCGGCUUGGCCAGGCGCAGCCUCUAUGGCCUCCUGCAGGAGUUUGUGCUGGAGAACGAGCAGCUUAGGCACCUGGAGUCCCCCCGAGCCCUCAGCAGCUGGGGCCAGGCCCGACGCUCCCCCGAAGCUGCCCCUGGCUCCUGCAGCAUCCAGGCCCGGCCCUGCCCCCGCCCUGCCCCCGGUGCAGCCCAGUGUGGCCACCUGCUGCCAUGGGAGGGGCUCACUGCCCAGAGCAGUUCCAGGUUCCAGGGGUCCAGCCAGGGCAGCCCAUGGGAGGAUCCGGCUCAGCCCUGGCCCCAGCAGCACCCUGUGGCUCCCUGGCUUCUCCAGGGGAAAAGGAGCCUGGGCCGAAGGAAGAGCUCUGCUGGCUCGUGUCUGCUCCUGAGAGAAACCCAGCAGCAGGGCCCCAAGCCUCCUCCCAGCCUGGAGGGGCAGGUCGUGCCGUCAGCCCCUCCCUUGCCAGGCAGCAGCACAGGGCACCAAGCAGCAGGUGCUGACCCCGAGCUGCAGCUGGAGGAGGUGCUGGACAGCGCCAAUACUACAGCCUGCGGACCCAGGGCUCCGGCUGCACAUGGGAUGCCCGGGAUUGACUCUGAGCACGUGCCCCACGCCAAGGGACAAUAA